AUGGUGAUAAGCGCUAGUGGCGAUGGCAGUAGUAGCAGUCCUAACAAUCAAACUAAAGACCAAACCAAAAAGGAAGCAAGGGAGAAGGAACGGGCGCGCAAAGAGUUUCAACAGCUUUUAACCAGGCCACCUGUGCCGGUCAUCAUCCGGCUACUAGAGCAGGCUCAAACCUAUACCAGCCCUUACCGCCAGAUGAGCGAUAUAUUUGACCGCUUCCUCGAAAUAGCCCUCUUUUGCCUGGACGGGCGUGGUCGGCUAAUCGAGGAUAGUUGGGAAAAAUUAAGAGCUAAUCCUGAACUGGCGGCGCAAGUAGACCCCGGCCAGCAUACCUUCCUUUUGAUGCACUACCACCGGCGGAUUAGCGACUGGCACAAGUUGAUUCGUGGUUUCUCCGAAAAAAGCUUAGGCUUUUUGACCCAGGCGCUAACUGUGCUGGUUUAUCAGGCUCAGGUGCAUCAAGACUACCGAGACUAUAUCGGUGCAGUCUACAUGCAGUUGGGGCAGGCAAAUAAGUGGGCCGGACAGUUCUUUACCCCCUGGGAAGUGGCUUACGUGACGAGCCAAAUGACGCUAGUAGACGUGACCGAGCGGCCUCAAGAGAAACCGCUCUCGAUAAAUGACCCGGCCUGUGGGAGUGGAGUAAUGCUUAUGGCAGCAGCAGCCGUUGUCGCGGCGAAUAAUCCGGCCCUCAUAGAGCGUGGCCUGCUCGAAUUAUAUGGGCAGGAUAUUGACCACACCUGUGUACUGAUGGCCCAACUUAACAUGCGCUUGCACGGGCUGGAUAGCUGGACUAUUUGCCUAAAACGUGAGGCUUGGCGGCUACAACAAGCCCCGGCGCAAGCCGCCAGCACGCCACUAUCGCCACCUGCGGCACUCCAAGCCGGAACUGAGACGGUUAAGCUGUAUAGCGAACUAACUGAGGCCGAGCGGCGGCGUAUUGAGAAUACCACCGGGCAGAGCGUGGCUGAACUCCAAGCCCAGCUUCGCCAGACCCGCCAACUGACCCUCGAAGGCUUUGAGUUGCCGCUAAAUCAGCCGCCGCAACCAGCUAGGAGAUUAACCAAGACCAACCAACCUACCAGGGCUAAAAAUAAAACCAGACCAGCCGGUCAACUUUUUGAGUAG